GGUCUCUAUUGUUCCGGUGAUGGUUUCGUCGCAUUCUGAUGGACAAAAGUCGGAAGAUUCCGGGAAGCAUACCAACACUUCAGAGUUCAUAAAAAUUUCGAAACGCAGGAGAACUUCGGAGAAAAGGGCAAAAGAGAUCGUUGCUGCUUCGUUUGAAGAUGGUCAUGCAUGGAGGAAAUAUGGGCAAAAAAGUAUCCAAAAUGCCAAACAUCCAAGGAGCUACUUGAGGUGCACCUACAAGUAUGAUCAAGGAUGCCAAGCAAGAAAACUGGUCCAAAAAAUUCAAGAUGAGCCAGCAUUAUAUAGGACAACAUACCACGAGCACCACACAUGUAAGAAGAAUUUAUUUGAAGAAUCUCAAAUUAUUACGGAUAGCACUACAAAAGACUCUUCCAUCAUCUGGAGCUUCGACUCUCCUGAACAGAACUAUAAACCUAAUGGCAAGGUGAUUCCAACAUGGCCCAUAAUUCCGCAAGAAACUGAGGAAAUGUUUAAAAAUUUGCAUCAAGACAAAUCAUCAUCACAAUCUGAUUACUUCAUAUCGCCUGAUCUGACGACAUUUGAAUCAUGUUUUGGGCAGUUCACUGAUAUUUCAUCAGCAUUUCACGAUCAAGGGCAUGUGAUUUGUUCUGAUAUGGAUAUAGAAACGAUGGUAGGACCCGUUUUUGAUGAAUUUCUUGAGUUAUGGUAGACUGGCUAGUUUAUUUUAUUCAUUCCUUUUAUGUACUUACUGAAUAUUUUC